CUGUCGAAGAGAGAUGUGAUUCAUUGAAUUAAAGAAAUAAACAGUAUCAGUAGAAGAAAAUAACGCAUCGCAAAAAUGUUUUCCAUCGUCGAUUUCUAUGGCAAGCAAGCGAACUAUAGUUGUGGUUACUGCAAACAACCCAAAUCUUGCCAAUCUCAUGGAAUGUGGGCCCACACAAUGACGUGUCGAGACUACCAGGAACUGAUUGACCGCGGCUGGCGGCGGUCGGGCUGCUACUGCUACAAGCCGGAAAUGAACACGACCUGUUGUCCUUCGUACACGAUCAAGUGCGAUGCCAUCCACUUCCACCUGAACAAGUCCCACAAGAAGAUCAUUAAGCGUAUGAAUAAGUUUCUGAAGGAUGGCAUCAAAGGGAAGGAGCGUUUCAGCGAGAGCGAUUGUAAUUUGGGUGCAGGCAGUGAAGGAGAGUGUGGAGAUUUAGAAAUGGGUGAAAUUUCACGAAAUCCACGCAGGGAGAUCAAUUCGAGCGAGUUCGAAUCGAUAUCGAAAAAGGAGGAACCAAUAGAUGCAGUAGAUGGCUUGUGUGUAACGAAGAGGGCAACCGCGAACAGUGACUCUAAUUUAUCUAUUCAAUCUUCUCCGGGGAACCCAAAUCCCCGUAAGAAGGCUAAACUAUUAAGAAUUGAGAGGAAGCGAGAAAAAUUGAUUAAGAACGGCAUUUCUUCUGACGAGAUAGAGCAAAAUAUGCGAGCAGCGAAAGGAAAAAAUGUCGAGAAAAGAUUGGAGGAUUUUCUAGAUGAGGCUCCCAAACAGGAGGAAGAGGCUGCUCAUCGUUUGAAGAUCGUUACGAUUUGCACCGCUAGUGACGAGUUCAAGCGAACCCUCAACAUCUCUUAUGCCUUGUACAAAAAGUAUCAGAUCGAUGUGCACAACGAUCCGCCUCGAUCGGUGGCCGAUUUUCAGGAUUUCUUGGUCAAGUCACCCCUCAAGUUUGUUGGUGAACAAAGCGCUACCAGCUGUGGCUUCGGAUCGUUCCAUCAGCAAUACUGGCUCGAUGAUCGACUCAUUGCAGUCGGAGUGAUUGAUGUGCUGCCCAAAUGCGUGAGCUCGGUUUAUUUUUUCUACGAUCCUGAGUAUCGGUUUCUUUCAUUAGGAACAUAUGGAUCGUUGAGAGAGCUGGCGUUUACCCGUAAAUUAUACCAGCAAUCGGAAAGCAUUUCAAACUACUAUAUGGGCUUUUACAUCCACUCGUGUCCGAAGAUGCGAUAUAAGAGUAAUCUCUCUCCAUCUUAUUUGCUAUGUCCCGAAGCAUACACAUGGCAUCCGCUGGAUCGUAAAGUUUCCGAUAAACUUGAUAAGGACCGAUACUCACGGUUGAACGAGGACUCUCUGGAGGAGGACUGCGACAGUGUCAGCUCCGAUGAUCUCAUGAACGUAUUAGUAUUGCAUGGUACUUCGUACAUGCGCUAUUCAUCGUAUAUGGAAUCGGAAGAACUAUCAGAACCGGAUGAGUGCGUUCUCACCUAUGCGAAACUGGUAGGCAAAAGUUGUGCCACGCGCAUGUUACUCUACGUUGCGUAGAUGUGGGAGGCGAACGGAAUGCAGCUUUUGCAGCGAUUUUUUCACUUAAAAUUACUCUCACCAAACUUUCUAGAUAGCUUCUCGUUGUGUGUUCCUUAUAUUUAUUGUUGCAAAAAAUGAAUAAAUAAGU